AUAUGUAUAUAUCCCUCACUGCGCUCUAUUUAAUGUAUCUUUUUAAAGGGAAUAAUCGUGAUCUCAGAGUCCCGCUGUGAUCAAUCGCGCUGUGCAGAUUUCGCUGUCUCUCAUCUCCUACUACGGCGUAGGCUUUGCUUACAAAUAUUACGCAUUAAACCAUGCUGACGUUGCUAGGUAACCUUCCCGCGUCCUAUUACGUAACGCAAUAAAUACUCCCAAACCCCGCCUUUGUCAACACACAAUUCGCCAACUCCCCCAGCGCCCACAUACUCACGGCCAAUCAGAACGUGCGCUUUCUCCAACGUCACCCUGCGAUAUUAAUAUUCUCGCGCAAAGCCUUCGCCAUAGUAUUUAAAGCGUCCGGUAGUGAAGGAGUUAACGGAGAGGGCGGAACUCUGCACCGGCCGCAGUAGAUGAUCGCAAUAUUGAUACCGAGAGCUUCGGAGACGCUUACAGCAACAUUUAAUCAUUCAAGAUAUCAUUUUCAACGCCUCAUAUUGACCCCGGAUGAUGAUACCGAAUGAACGCGACGCGCGGAAACCGACGCGGAGGAUUCAGUGGAGAUAUAACGUUAAUAUUACAUCAUCAUCAUCGCGUAUAUUGAUUUUAAAUAUUUGCAGGCUGGAUUAUCACCUUCAUCCUGGUUCAUUUGAAUGAAUAGUUGUUGAUUUUCUCAUUUGUUUUGAAUUUGAGCCGUUAAUAAAGCGCGAGGACGCAAUGGUCAUCGCCGUGCACGGGUUCGAGCGCGCGCCCGCCGGGUGUCCCGCAGCCUCAGGUGUUGUGUGAGCCUCUGUCCGGUCAUGUUGCCCGGUGUGGGUGUGUUCGGGACCAGCCUGACGGCCCGGGUCAUCAUCCCUCUGCUGAAGGGCGAGGGUUUCUCGGUGAAGGCGCUGUGGGGUCGCACGCAGGAGGAGGCGGAGGAGCUCGCGCGCGACAUGAACGUGCCUUUCUACACCAACCGGAUCGAUGACGUGCUGCUGCAUCCGGAUGUGGAUCUGGUGUGCAUCAACCUGCCGCCGCCGCUCACCCGACAGAUCGCCGUCAAGACAUUGGGAAUUGGCAAGAAUGUAAUCUGUGACCGAACGGCGACACCACUGGACGCCUUCCGCAUGAUGUCAGCGGCGCAGUACUACCCCAAACUGCUGAGCAUCAUGGGAAACGUAUUACGAUUCCUGCCGGCAUUCGUGCGCAUGAAGGAGCUGCUGGAGGAGGGUUAUAUUGGCGAACUCAUGGUCUGCGAGGCGCAAGUUCACAGCGGGAGCCUUUUGGGGAAAAAAUACAACUGGAGCUGCGACGACCUGAUGGGCGGCGGCGGACUGCAUUCGGUCGGCAGCUACAUCAUCGAUUUACUCACUUUUCUAACAGGGAGACGCGCAGCGAAAGUGCACGGAUUCCUCAAAACAUUCGUUAAGCAGACCGACCACAUCCGAGGGAUUCGGCAAAUCACGAGUGACGACUUUUGCACAUUUCAGAUGGUGUUAGAGGGAGGUGCUUGCUGCACGGUGACGCUUAAUUUUAAUGUCCCUGGUGAAUUUCGGCAAGAGGUCGUGGUCGUCGGAACUGCUGGAAGGUUAAAAGUUUGCGGGACGGAUUUAUACGGGCAAAAAAACGACGGAGAAUGUGGACAGGAGCUACUAUUGAAAGAUAAAACUGCUAUCGGGAACGCGUCUUUACCCGAUAAGGCGUUUCGGGAUAUCCCGUCUCCGUAUCUCACUGGUACAAUCUGCAUGGUUCAGGCUGUUCGACAGGCGUUUCAGGAUCAGGACGACCGGCGCACGUGGGAUGGACGGCCACUCACGAUGGCUGCGACUUUUGAAGACUGUCUAUAUGCGCUCUGUGUGGUCGAUACGAUCAAGAAGUCCAAUCAGUGCGGAGAAUGGCAGAAUAUCGAGGUCAUGACGGAGGAGCCGGAGGUCAGUCCGGCGUAUCUGAUCAGCGAGGCCAUGCGGCGCAGUCGGAUGUCUCUCUACUGCUAACAUGAGCGCAACCACUAAUGCAUGGGCACAACUGGAAAAGAGGUUACGUGUUUUCUUGAAAUCGCUUCACUGGAGGCAAAUGUGUUCACAACAGCAUAAUAUUUGGUGCAAUCAUCAUCCACAGCUUUUAUUUAUUUAUUUAUUUUUUUAAAGAUUUAUUUUUGGCCUUUGUUGAGAGGAUAGGACAGUAUUUUAAACAGUAAACGAAGGGGGAGAGAGAGGGAGUAGGCUCGGGAAAUGCCCUCAAGCUGGAUUCAAACUCAGGAUACCCUGAAGUGCUACUGCACCAUAUGUCAGCGAGCUAACCCCUAGGCUAUUGCGCUGACAUCAUCAGCUUUUUAAUGGUAAUCUGUUAUGCAUCAGACUAGAAAGACGAGAAAUCAAUUCUGCAGUUUUCAUCAAGUGCAUCACUGUUCUUUUUUUGAUUUGAGUUUGAGCUUAGUUUUUAACAACAGAUAGUGCUCUAGGAUUUUUUUGUAAGUCUAGAGCGCCAUCUUCUGUUAUAAAGAGUAAAUUGCAAUGUAUUUAAAAAAUUAGCAGAAUUAAUUUGGUUAAUUAUUUAGACCACAACUCUAAUUCAGACCAAUGCAACAGAUUUGUUUUUGCCCACUGCUUAUUAAUCAUAUCAGAGCAAUUCUAGAUUUAGGUUUAGCUGUCAGAUUUGAAGCUUGUAAGUAAUUGUGCAUGGGAAAAUGCAAUUUAAAAACAUGAGCAUCUGUUUAAAAAUGCAUCAAAAUUUGCAUUAAAUAAAUGUGGCAGUUUUGUUUACACUGGAAGAAAAAUAUAUUUAAAAAAUAUAAAAUAGUUUUAACCAAGAAAUGGCAAGUAUUGUCAAAUUAAACAUGACAUUUUAAAGUUUUAAAAAAUACAAUAGUAUAAACUUUAAUCAUCUUUAAUAUAUAGUAUCAUAUUUGUUUUGUGUUAUCCCAACACAUCAAUUAAAUCAAUAAAACCUUCAUCAUGAAAAUGACUUUUCUGCAAAUAAAACCAAAAAAUGAGCUCGUUUUCUGUUGUUAAAUCAUGUGAACAGCAAAUUCACCAUUAUUUUGAUAUAGUAACUCUAGUUUAUAAAAAUCCUUUGCUGUUAGUGUAAAAUGAGCUGAAUCAACACAAUUCUUGAGUGUUUUUGGGACAACUUAAUUGUUUUACGUUUAAUCCAUUUAAAUGU